AUGUCAACUUUGCAGAAUACAUCUUCUUCCAUUAUUUUCCUGCUAACUGGUGUUCCUGGGCUGGAAGACUUCCACACCUGGAUCUCCAUCCCCUUCUGCCUUCUCUACAUAACUGCUCUCUCAGGAAACAGCAUGAUUCUCUUUGCCAUUGUCACUCAGCCCAGCCUCCACAAACUCAUGUAUUAUUUUCUCUCCAUGCUGUCCACCACUGACCUUGGCCUGUCCAUAUCCACCCUGAUCACCAUGUUGGGUGUAUUCUGGUUCAAUGCCAGGGAGAUCAGCUUUAACGCCUGCUCAUCACAGAUGUUUUUCAUUCAACUCUUCACUGUCAUGGAAUCCUCAGUGCUGUUGGCCAUGGCCUUCGAUCGUUUUGUGGCCAUCUCUAAUCCUCUUCGGUAUGCCUCCAUUUUAACUGACCUUAAAAUAGCACAGAUUGGAGUAGCGAUCAUCACCAGGGGGACACUAAUACUGACUCCUAUGGUGGCACUUCUGAAACGACUGUCCUACUGCCGCAGCCACGUGCUCCACCACUCCUACUGCUUCCACCCUGAUGUGAUGAAGCUGUCGUGCACAGACACCAGGGUCAAUAGUGCAAUUGGGUUGACUGCCCUGAUCACAACUGCUGGGGUGGACUUGAUCUUCAUUGGUUAA